UGGGAAGAUAGCGAUCGAUCAAUCAUCCGAUAACUUCAUUCAAUUCGAAUCCUUAUUUUCUUAACAUUUUACAUCUUACGAAACUCUUAACAUUCUUCAUACGAUUUUUCGAGUUUUCGUCGAUUCACUUAACCUCCUUAACAAUUUCCAAAAUCAUCACUCGCUUCUUCCGAUAGUCGACGCGACAGUCUCCGCGGGUUAAGAACCGGGGGUCGACCGAUCCGCGAAUCCGUCCUUGCUGCGAUACGUGUGUCGUACAUACAUACACGCACACGUAUGCGAGGAGGCAAGCGGAGAGGCGGACAGUCGGGACGCGAGCGAGCGAGAAUGAGUCGCGUUGUGGAAGUCGCGAGUCGCGAGUUUGGCGUGUACGUCGACUCGCGUAUGCCUGUCUCGGCUGUAAACGACGCGGUCGCGAUCGGCGGCGGUGACGGUCCGGGCGACAUGGUCGACGUAGCGGAUGAGCCGUGGCCCGAGCCGACCGGCUGGUUGAAGAUGAUGCAGGCUUGCGGGGCUUUCGACGUUAGACUGGAGAGGCUCUGCGAUGCCAACAGCUCCGACGCCGCGACGACGACGACGAUAGCAACAACGGCGGAGAACGGGGACGCGGCGACGGAGGAGGCGGCGUCAAGAAAGUACGAGGGGCAGCUGUUUCCACCGAGCGUAGCGAACAGCUGUUCGUCCUUUAAGCCUGCGAAUCACGUCCUUGAAAUGGCGCUAGAGGACCACGGCCCGUCCUGGGACAAUCUGCCGACCGUUAUUCUGCAGGAGAUAUUCUCGUAUUUGUCGCAUGAGACCAGAUUACAGGCCUCCCAGGUGUGCAGAAACUGGAGAUCCAUUAUGUUCCACCCGCGUUUUUGGAAAAAGAUCACUUUCAUAUUCCGAGACGAGGACACUGCUGAAUGGGCAGGAUAUUUGGGGGACCGUUUCGCUCGGACUGUUCGUGAAGCCACAAUUCGUUAUAGUAUGUCCGGGUGCAUUGAUGGCAGCGAGGCAUGCAGCAGGCUCUUAAGAAGAUUAAGCCGUAACAAACAUCUGAAAAAAUUGUUUUUGGAGAUCAGCAGUAGCACUUAUAGUUACCGAAUUGACAGUAAAUAUUCUAUGCGGUUGAAGAAAUACCUGAUAAACAUCAUCGAGACUUCUAACUGCCUGGAGGCUCUAAGUCUAGGAUACGCGGAAGAAUUGGUACCGAAUAUAUUUACGAUUCUCGAGCCUCUCCGUCUCUAUCACGCCAAACAUCUGACGCAUCUCAGUCUGGCGUCUAUUAAGACCGAGCCUAAGUACGGCAAUUAUUUCGAGUUGAACAACACGGUUUUCAGCUCGUUUAUCAGAUUGUCACUCUUGACUUUGGAUUACGAGUUUGUCAAUGACACUUUGCUGAAGGCGUUAGACAACGGAUGUAUGCAGAGAUUUGUAAUUCACGUAACCAACUGGAAACGCGAAUAUCCGGGAACCACGAACAGAGCUUGGCAGGCGUUUGUUCAGAAGAACCCGCAGUGUGAAUUGAGGCUGAACCUCAUACACUCUUACGACGGCGUGAGGGUCUUGGAUACCGGCAUACUCUGUCCCGCUAUGCCACUGACACACCUGAAAGUUCUGUUCUGCAAAAGGGUCAAUAUUAGCGCGCUGCUUCAAUUAUCGAUGUGGUAUUCGGACACGUUAAGAUCGCUCACGUGGAUAGACUCAAUAGACCGCAGGCAGCUCAUACCAGCUACGUUCGAUCCAAACGAUCCAAACAGUCCGGACCCUUUGGUGUUAAUGGCGUGGAAGUGUUCCAAGCUCAAGAGAAUGGUGUUUCUGGGUUACAAGUAUUAUCAAGAGAAUCUGCUGGCGAUCGCGCGUCUCAGAGGCAGCACUCUUAAAUUGUUAGUAUUCGCAGACAGUGAUAUCAUAUCCGAACCCGGAUCGUACGCAUUGGACAAAAGCAUUGCACAUGAAAUUCAAGACAUAAUGGGCCUGCAUUGGAUGCCGUUGAACGACUCGAAUCUACCAACGGUAAUAUUAAAUUCUUACAAGGGCAGCAGCAAAACCGUGAUCGUACCGCUGGUCCUGAGUGAUCAGAAGUAAUUCCUGGCGGAGCGCAUCGAGGAAAAUCUCUAGCCAAGAUGAUUAUCCGACAAACGUUUCCGGACCAUCAACAUUCUCAGAAGUAAUGUUAUCGAAUUGUACCUUUUAUUCUUCUAUAAGAUUUCCCUUUUUCUUUAAACGAGAAAAGUACGGAUCAAACAUCGAACAGCGUACGCGCGCUGUGAGUUCAAAAUCUCGUUAUUAUUAUUAACGAUAUUCUCGUUUAUUCGAGCCAAGAGCGGAAACCGGGAUGCGAUAUGUGAGAGAUACAGAGUUAAACGCACACGUAACUUUUUCCUCGUUCACAAUAUUUCUGUCGGUUCAGCUAUAUGAAUGUGAUAAGCUAUAGUCAACUAGAUCUAUUUUGAUCUGCUGAUGGUGUAUGUUCGAUGCAAAUUACGACACAUUUGCAAACAACGAGACGAUCUCUUCAGCCAAGAGACAAUCUUCGCGGUGAAUUAUAUGUACUAUAAUGUUUCUUUUCUCGAAAGCCACGAUUUGAUGUUGACGUUAAAGGAAAUGAUAAGGCGAGCAAGUGUAUUUGACGCGUUAAGAGCAAUGUGUUGUUAAAACAAUCGCCUAUGAAAUCGAUAUCGCUGAUGAAGGAAAUCGGUGUACACAUUCUGUACAACUACGAUAUUAUACUGGUCAAAUAGAGGUUGAUACAUCGAAAAUACGUGGCCGAGAACAAAAUCGCGAGAAGCCCGCGUGAAUCCUUAAAGGGGCUUCAAAGUUAACAAAAGUUGGAACAAGGAUACGAACGAUUUAUCCGGCAGAAAAAGAAACAGUCCCAACGUAUAUAGCAGAGAGGGAAAGAAAAAGAGGUUCGGAUCUCGUAAUCUUCCACUGGAAAAAGGAAAUGAAAUUCCAAACGCAUAGAAGUAGAAACGCGUUCACACAAUAACAUAUUUUUCCAAUUCUCUGGGAACUUAGGUAUGAUAGCGAGCGCCAAGAGCAUGACGCGCGAGAGAGUUAAAUAUCUCUAGUGAGACUUUGCGGGAUGAGAGUUCGUCGAAUGAGCGGCGCGUGAGCGAAAGAAGAAAUAAAAAAAAAAACGAAAACGAAACGAGAGCAAGAAGUCAAGUCGACGCAGCGAUCCGAGGUUAUUUUUAAUACCAAGACCAAUCGGACGCUUUUGUACAAACGUUAACGUACGCGCACCCGAAUAGCGGUCGACACAACUUGAUGGUGCAUAAAGCGCGGUCACGUCUGCGCGAUAGCUUGCGACAAAUGACAAGUAGGCAGAUCGAAUGCAAAUAUAACUUGUCUAUACUCACCGUGCUCUUAGCGACCGCUGAUGACGAACACACGAAUUAUAGUGUUAUCUGUGAAAUCGGAAUUAUUAGUCGUUAAUCGUAUAUGUAUGUAUAUGUAUGUAUAACUGUAUUAUCUGUCGAACUUUAAAACACGUCAACAUUCGGACGCAGCGCGCAUCUAUUUCUGUCGUGCGAUUAACGGUGACGAUUUUGAGAGUGUGUUUACGAGAGAAAAAUAGCAAGGGAGAGAAAGAUGUGAGCGAAAGGGAAUGAAAGUGAGAGAGAGAGAGAGAGAGAGAAAAAGAGACAGCGUAAUCCGUAACAAAGAUAAAAUACCAAAAUGCAAUCGUAUAUACGCCGUAUACACGCAGUUUACUAUUCCGAGAAGUUAUUUACUUCUUUUCGAGUCCCCUGUAUAAUUAUAUUGUCGUGUAUCGUGUAACUCAUAGUCACCUGUAAUAUUGUUCUUUUUUUAUACGUGGUUUCUGUAAAUACAUCUCGUGCGUUCGGGAAGAACAUUCGGGUAACACGCGCGAACAACGCGGAGUCGUCGCGCGGAGGAGGAUACACGAGCAGAAAAAUAUCGACGGAUAGAAGCGGAAGAACCGAUGUACAGCGCAGGGGAUGGAACGCGUGCGAGGAGAAACCGUUUUUUGUUUUUUUCUUUCGACGUACGACCAGCUGUUAUACAAGAUGAAUGGGCCUUAAUAUGUACCUGAGUCGCGGUGAAAGGGUAAACCGCAAGCCCUGAGAGAAAUCUACCACCCGCGACAUCCACCAUAGACAAGUAACCAGUUCAAGCACCUUACGACUGUUGCGUUUCUGGCGAACGUACGUUAGCCAGAAUAGCGAUUACGAAUCUGAGGUAUAUUACGCUCGUAAGUGCCCUUUCAUUUCGUAUUCCCUGCGUGUAUAUUUUUACGUCAGAGAAAAGGAGAGAAUUGAGAAAAAAAGGAGAAAUGAAUCAGGUGGUUUCCGAGAGUCGUAGUUAUUUACGAACGCGGAUGUAAUCGACUAAAAUUCGUUCACUAGUCGUCGAUGUCGCGCAGACAAGACGGAGAAGACUUAACAGAAUAAUUUUACCUUUCUUCUCGUUUCUUCCUUUGAACCGAUGGAAAUUGCGCGUAAAGAAAAGAGAGAAAGAAGAAUUACAUGGGGGGAUGUGCUGCCCGACGUAUGUGUGUGAUGAGCGAUCGUAAUGAGCGAAAGAGAGAGAGAGAGAAUAACAAAAGCGAGAAUACAGUAUAAACGAGAAGAAAGAAAAUCAUGCGACAAUUGCGCGAAAAUAAGUUUAAUAAGCGUGCGAGUGACAGGAACGAGGAAGAUUAUAAUCGAGAGCGCGGAACGAGAUGAUACGCGUUUGAAUGUAUACCGAAUAUCCGCGGAAUCGUAGAAAAACAAAACACAAGUGAUUACGAUAGUACCAUCUCCGUGCAGGUUCUCUGAAUAAUAGAGUAUAAUAUCAUAGAAGGCAACCGUGCAGUUGCGCUUGACGCGGGCACAACGCGCAACUAGAUAAUCAGUUGUUAGGCGAUACAUAAUAACGACGAAACCAUACACACACACACACAAAAGCAUAUAAGACUGAAUCUGCCGAGAAAGCAAAGAAAGAGGUGUAACACAAGUCAGGCGGGCUGCACGUUGCCGCGCAUGCUGUCGACGUCAUAUUCAUAAAAAAAAGAAACGACCGAGGGAUGGAAAGCACGCUGAUCGCGAAAAUCAUCGAUACUCCGAGUUCAUUGAACAUGGCCGGACAGGUCGUCUGUCACGUUUCGAUUCACGUUUUACGCUGUUCCACGUCGCGCUUUGAACAGGUUCUCCUCUCCGAAAGUUGCUUUUCAUCCUGCUCGGGAGUUUCAUCGAGACCGUUUUGCCAGCACGAAAGUGAUUAUUUAUGAAUAUGAGCGUGACGAGAGCAGAAGAAAAACACAAAAGGGGAUGGUGCACCAGCUAGCGUUUAGAUCGGAAUAAGCCCUGAGAGCUCACUCGAGACGGCGGUUCUCGUAGCCGAAUAUUGUAAACUAACCCAUUUAAGCAGCCUGCCAAGAAUCAAAAUACUGUAAAAUAUCAAACGGACGCUAGCCAGUACCAGAAUGCUAAGAUCUAUUUUUUAAGAAGCGAAUGUAUAUUUUUGUACUAAGGCAGGCCUUAGCGUGUGAUCGUGUCUUCUUACGUGUAAUGGCGAGACGAGAGCUGUGAUUAUAACGUGUCGGUUAUGCGAAACAGGGAAUGAGAGAGAUCCAACACGGAUGAAAAGCGUCGAACGCGUAUCGCGCACAAUUAUGCGAGCAACGCAGGGAACCGAGGCGAGAAUCCCUGAAUCGAUUGUUACCGAGUGAGCUGUAGGCAUAGACAGGGCGUUAUAAAAUCGAGAAUAAAACAUCUGUGAUAAAAUAGAGAAUCUUACGAGCGUGCUCGAGAGUGGAUGAAGAUCGAUGAGCUCCAGUAGAGUAGGAAA